AUGGAGACGGCUAGUUUCAACCCCGACACCGAUAUCCCCUCCCUCAAAGACAAAGUCAUUUUCAUCACUGGAGGUACGGCUGGGAUAGGAGCCGCGUCGCUACAGGCUCUUGCCCGACACGAACCGGCCCACAUCUACUUCGGCGGGCGGAACCAGCAGGCGGCCGCGUCUCUGAUCUCCAAGAUCCGAGAGACCACCCCCACGGCACCGCUCACCUUCGUCGGGAUGGACCUCUCGUGCCUGGCCUCGGUCAAGGCCGCCUGCGAGCACUUGGCGCACGACCGGCUGGACGUCUUGAUGUGCAACGCCGGGGUCAUGGAGGUGCCGCCGGCCGUGAGCGCCGACGGCUACGAGAUCCGCUUCGCGACGAACCACCUGGGCCACGCCAUGCUGAUCCGGCAGCUGCUGCCCGUCAUGCUCAGCACGGCGCGGGCCCCUGGCGGGGAUGUGCGGAUCGUGAUCCUGUCGUCGAGAGGGUGGGCGAUGCAUCCGAAGGGGGGGAUCCAGUUCUCGAGGUUAAAGACCAAGUCGGAUGGCUAUGUCGAGAGGGGGUUCCUGUAUUCACAGAGUAAACUGGCCAACCUCGUCUACGCUGCCGAGCUGGCCAGGAGAUACCCCAGCAUCACUUCGGUGUCGAUCCACCCGGGCGUGGUGGAGACUGGCAUGAGUACUGGUAUGGGUAUGAUUGCGAAGACUUUCGUCCAGCUCAAGAAUCUGCUUCUGGGAGCCUCCUAUGUAAAGGAGACGGAGGGGAUGCUGAACCAGCUGUGGGCCGCCACCCUUGCGAAGAAGUCCGAGCUGGUAAACGGAGGAUACUACGAGCCCGUGGGCGUCUUGUAUAACGGGAAGCUGGAUGCCACGGCCACCGAUCCGGAUCUGGCUAGGAGGUUAUGGGAGUUUACGGAGGAAGCCUUGGAUAAGAUCCUCUAG